AAACAUGUGCGCGAAAGUUUGGCGCGUCGUACAUUUGUAGUUUAUAUUUUAGUUGGAAGAACAAAGAACGCAGUUUGGCAUAACAUUGAAGCAAAUUGACAGCUGACAUUGUGUUAACGUUUUAAGCUUUGUGUGUUAAGUGUUGUAUCCAUAAUUAGUAUUUUACUGUGGAGAACACAAAAGUUUUGUCUUUAGUGAAGUUCGGGAAGCUUUGAAGUUUGCAGGAUACAGAAGACGCAGAUUUGUUGGUGCCAAUACAAUUAGCAAUGGAUUUAACAGCUGUUGACGCAAGUAAUAUUGGAAGUGUGAUAACUAGUGAUGUCUUGGAAGAAGAAAAACGUCUUGCAGAGAAGGCAGAACAAGCAGAAAGAGAACUGCAGAAGCAAUUAGAGGAACAACAAGCACAAGAACUUAAAGAACAACGUAUGAAGAGGUUAUUACAUUUGCUGACUAAAAGUGAAUUUUAUGCCUGUUUUCUAAAGAAGAAACUUGAAGAGACUCAGCUGGAAAAUAAAAUAAAGGAAAGAAAAAAGAAAAUUGACACAGCUGGUCCACAAUCAACUCAGAGUUCAAAACUAGCACCGCUUUCUAAUAGAGCUUUACGCGACAGAAAUGAAUGUAAUGUGCUUCCAAAGGGUGAGACUCCUGCUGUGCAAAACAUCAAAAAGCCAGUUUCAAAUAAGAGAAAAUAUCCAUAUAAUGACAAUUACGAUAUUUCUACAGUAAUUGAUAAAGAUGCAAUACAGAAUGCAAGCAAAAAAAGAAAUUGUGAAGUUAACAAAGAGCCUAACAAAUCUCCAGAAGAUGCCUGUAAAAAUGAGGAAAAUAAUGUGAAAACUGUUUCUCAAAAACAACCAGUGCUCUUUGAAGGUGGUGUGCUGCGCAGUUAUCAGAUUGAUGGACUGGAAUGGUUGAAGGCAUUGUAUGAAAAUGCAGUCAAUGGAAUUCUUGCUGAUGAGAUGGGCCUGGGAAAAACUCUCCAAUCAAUUGCCCUAAUCUGUCACCUCAUUGAAAUGAAAGUUUCUGGACCAUUCCUUAUAAUUGGCCCUUUAUCAACCCUACCCAACUGGGUGAUGGAAUUCAAGCGUUUUGCACCAAAGGUUCCUGUAAUUCUUUUCCAUGGGAACAAAGAGAAACGUGCUGCACUACUGCCUUUAAUCCGCACUAAGCAUGAAGUACCAGGAUUUCAUCGAACAUAUCCUGUUGUUGUUACGUCUUACCAGAUACCAUUGUCUGACAGUGCCAGAGAGCUGCAAAAUAUUAAAUGGCGUUACAUCAUUGUCGACGAGGGUCACAGAUUAAAAAACCAUAAAAGUAUGCUCUCAAGGGCUCUUCGGAAGUACAAUGCUGCUAAUAGACUGUUACUAACAGGCACUCCACUUCACAAUGAUUUGACAGAACUUUGGUCACUGCUCAACUUCUUAUUGCCAGAAAUUUUUAAUGACCUCAGUGUUUUUGAGUCUUGGUUUAUGGCAUCUGAAUUAACUCAAAUGAGUAGUGACGUAAAGAUAAUUGAACAAGAGAAGAAGAUGAAUGUAUUGUCAACUAUGCAUCAGAUUCUUACACCAUUCGUGUUGCGUCGUCUGAAGACUGACGUAGAAUUGAAGCUACCACCAAAGAAAGAAGUGCUUGUGUACUGUCCAAUGACAGAAUUACAAAUGGCAUUGUACAAAGCAACAGUUGAUCGCAACAUAGAAAUGUUGAGGAAUGUUUUACCAGACAACAAGGAUGGUACACGUAAGAAACGUCGGUGUGUGCUUGCGAAGAAACCUGUUUAUGGUUUCACAGAUGAUGAUGAUGAUGAUGAUCCAGAAGAAUGGGAGGAAAUUGUACAUGAGAAAAAUAUGAUAACUGUAGUGGACAAAAAGGACCAGAAGUACCGUAUAAGCAUUAAGAUGCAGAAUCCAAUGAUGCAACUGCGCAAAAUUGUGAAUCAUCCAUAUCUUGUGCAGCAGCCACUACUGCCUGAUGGAGCAGUAAGGAUAGAUGAAACUAUGGUGGAUAAAUCUGGAAAAAUGCUUGUCCUUGAUGCACUGUUGCCACGUUUGAAAGCUCAAGGGCACAAGGUGUUACUGUUUUCAACUUUUACAAUUAUGUUGGAUGUUUUGGAAGAAUAUAUGCAAAUGAGAGAUUAUCAGUACAGCAGAUUAGAUGGUUCCAUGCAAUACUCUGAGAGAGUGGAUAACAUUCAGCACUUUAGCCACAGUGAGGAUACUUUCAUUUUUCUCAUCUCAACACGUGCAGGUGGUCUGGGACUGAAUCUCACAACAGCUGAUACUGUCAUUAUAUAUGACAGUGACUGGAACCCACAAGCUGAUCUACAGGCCCAAGACAGAUGCCACCGCAUAGGACAAACAAAGCCAGUUGUUGUUUAUAGGCUAGUAACAACAGCGUCUAUUGAUGAAAAAAUUGUCUCAUUAGCUGAGGCAAAGAGAAAACUGGAAAGGAUGGUCAUUCAUAAAGGGAAAUUCAAAGGAAAUGUAGAGCAGAAAGCAGAGGUUGUGGAUCUGGAGGAACUGAAAAACUUGUUGAAUUCGUCUGACGAGAGAAAAGUGGUUCAUUCAGAAGGAUCUGUUUUGACAGAGGAGGAGCUGUUAGUUCUGCUGGACAGGAGUGACCUCCUCUCACAAAUGGAGAACAACAAAUGAUUACAGUCCUGGGAGUAAAGCAAAUACUAGUCUGCACAUGGCUUCUCGCAAAGAAAUUGGAAGCUGGUUUUCUUCCUUGGUUCAGAAAUGGACUACAUCAAAUCAGUAUUUUUCUUGUUGUUAAAUGUUAGAACAUUAAAUAUUUACAAGAUUUCAAUGUCAUUCCCUUUGUGUAGUUUUUGUUCACAAUUGUGAUAUUGUAAUGUUUGUGUGAUAAUACUCGAUGUUAUAAUUUAUACAGUUCUUUUACAAUAAAGCAUUGUGAAUUCUUGUUUUAUUUA